AGUACCCAAUCCACGUGGUUUGACAGCUAAACAAAGAUGAUGCCAGGUUCAAAGAUAGUUCUUCCAAGCUCUAAUGUUGAUGAUUAUACUGCAACAGCUCUUCAUAGCACAAUUACUCGUAUUGUGAACCCUACAAGUGUGAAGGAUGCAAGCAGCAAAGAAAUCUACAAGAUUGAGAAUUGUCCGAGUUGGUGGCCAAAAGAUGUGCUGUUUUCUUCUGUGUUAGUGCCCAAGGCUGUCACGAAUGGUAUCACAGUUGUACACCUAAGAAAGAUUUUAGCAGAUUUCUUGGAGAAAUGUCCUGAGCAGUACAUAAUAUCACCUCCAGUUGAUCAGCAAAAUUCUGACUCGACAGUUGAAACUGACCAACCAGAAGACCCUGCAGUUGGUACAAAGAGAGCCUGUAUGGGCCCAAAGAUAGUUCUUCCAAGCUCUGAUGUUGAGGAAUAUACUGGAAACGUUCUUCAGAACAUAGUUUCAAGUAUUUCGAAGCCUAAAGGUUGGAGUGGCGGCAGGAACGCCUAUACGAGUACUGAUCGUCCAAGUUGGUGGCCAAAAGAUGUGGUGUUUUGCUGUUUGAAAGGGUCAAAGGCGAUGUCAAAUGGUAUCACAGUUGUACACCGGAGAAAGGUAUUGGCAGCUUUCUUGGAGAAAUGCCCUGAGCAGUACACAAUAUCACGUCCAGUUGGUCAGCAAAAAAACUCUGCUAUACAAAAAAGUUUUGGUACAAACAGCUCAAAAAUAAUUCUUCCAAGCUCUAAUGCUGAGGAAUACAUUGGACUCUUUCUUCGUAGCACCGUUUCCCAUAUUGCGAACCCUAAAGGUCGGAAGGGCGGCAGCUUCUACAGGAAUAAUAAUUGUCCAAGUUGGUGGCCAAAAGAUGUGGCGUUUGUUCCUUCAGAUUAUAUCAAUGCUGUAAACCAGAGAAAGAUUGUGGCAGCUUUCUUGGAGAAAUGUCCUGAGCAGUACACAAUAUUAUCUCCAGUUGAUCAGCAAAACUCUGCCUCGGCAUUUGAAACUGACCAACCAGAAGACCCUGCGGUUGGUACAAAGAGAGUCAGGAGGAUGCCAGGCUCAAAGAUAGUUCUUCCAAGCUCUGAUGUUAAGGAAUAUUCUGGAAACUUUCUUCGUGACACAAUUUCAAAUAUUGCGAACCCUAAAGAUUUGAUGAUCAGAAAGUGCUACAGUAGUGAAAAUUGUCCAAGUUGGUGGCCAAAAGAUGUGCCUUUUUGUAUUCUGUCAGGGCCCACAGUUUCCGACCAGAGAAGAAAGGUAUUGGCAGCUUUCUUGGAGAAAUGUCCGGAGCAAUACACAAUAUCACGUCCAGUUGAUCAGGACCAGCCAGAAGACCAACUCAUUGGUACAAAGAGAGCCAGGAGGAUGCCACGCUCAAAGAUAGUUCUUCCAAGCUCUGAUGCUGAGGAAUAUUCUGGAAAAAUCCUUCGUGGCACAAUUUCACGCAUUGUGAACCCUGAUGGUUGGGGUAGGGGAAAUAUCUACACGAGUGACAAUUGUCCAAGUUGGUGGCCAAAAGAUGUGGCGUUCACUCCUGCGACAGGGCCCAAGGCUAUCGAAAAUGGUAUCACUGCUGAACACCAGAGAAAAAUUUUGGCAGCUUUCUUGGAGAAAUGCCCUGAGCAGUACACAAUAUCUCCCAAGAAACGGCUACUCAAUCCCACCUCUUCCCCACUCGUUGGUGAUAAGCAACCAGUAAGAGAAGUCAGCCCACAAAGUUCCUCUGAAAGUGAUCAAGAAGAGCCUGUAGGAAUGAACCAAACACCACCUACUGGAGCUAAUCGUACUCGAUCAGUAGGAGCCACAAUCAGCACUGCUGCACAACAUGCAAGCCCAAAGCUUAUCCUACCCAGCUCUUGUGCAAAUGACUAUUAUCAACCUGCUCUCAUUUCGCUACUUCAAAAGAUUUUAAAUCCCCAAAGUCAUAACUUCGUAUACUCCAGUGCUAAUUGUCCCAGCUGGUGGCCGACUGAUGUACCAUUCACUAGGGCAGAAGAUAUGAAAGCUAAAGACAGGACAAAAGCACUGACAGCUUUCUUGGAGAAUUGUCCUGAGCAAUACACAAUAUCACCUCCAGUUGAUCAGCAAAAUGUUGUCUCGGAAGUUGAAACUGACCAACCAGAAGACUUCCUCAUAUAUGGCGAUGAAAGUUCAAAUGCAUCUGAUGAAGAAAAUGCUAGCAUACCAAGUGACCCCGAAGAUCUGGUGAAUAGUCUAGAGCAGCACCUUCUGGAUUCUAGGAAAAGAAGGCUCGAGGCUGAGAGGAAAGUUGAGGAGCUGACGGAAGAAGUCAAACGUCUCAGAGAAGAAAGGAAGUUCAUAGGUUCUAUUGUGAAACGAUCACGACUCCACUAGUGUUUAGUCCCUCAUUAUCCUCAUACCUAACUGUCUAUGAUAUUAUGUUGUAAAAUCAAAGAUGGUCAUUCAUCCACAGUGUAUUCAAUUUUCAACUUG